AUGUACAAGAGUUCAACAGCCUCCAUAAUUAUUGACUGCGAAGACAAGACUUUGCUUCCAGAAUUAGAAGAAUGGCCAUUGUCAUCUCCUGAGGAAGACUUUACACCCCACAUUUGUCAUUUGUGUUGCUGCCCUGAGCCGAUGAAAAUCUCUGCCAGAGGAAGACUCCAGUUCCUUCAACCUGGGCCCCUGAAGCGUGGCUGUCUUCUGAUGCUGGGAACCUCCCACCCCUCCCUGAUUCGUCUGAUGAAGACCAAGAGACUGACUUUGGAAAUAACACCCACAAUUCAGCAAUAUCAGAGGGGAAUGAUGACACAGAGUCUGAUGCUGGGAACCUCCCACCCCUCCCUGAUUCGUCUGAUGAAGACCAAGAGACUGACUUUGGAAAUAACACCCACAAUUCAGCAAUAUCAGAGGGGAAUGAUGACACAGAGUCUGAUGCUGGGAACCUCCCACCCCUCCCUGAUUCGUCUGAUGAAGACCAAGAGACUGACUUUGGAAAUAACACCCACAAUUCAGCAAUAUCAGAGGGGAAUGAAGACACAGAGUCUGAUGCUGGGAACCUCCCACCCCUCCCUGAUUCAUCUGAUGAAGACCAAGAGAAUGACCUGUGUGACACCCCAUGGAUGCAACAUUUCACUGAAGUGA